UCCGGUCAGCCCCGCUCCGGGGAGGGCUGCGGUAUAAAGGCCGGGAUCGGCCCGCAGUCCCGUUCUCCAUGUCGCGCUUCCUUCGCGGUACGCGGCCUCUCUGUUCCCUCAGGCGGAGUUGCCUUCGUUCUUCGGUCCGACAAGCGGAGAUAUCAGAAAAAAUAGCCUCAAGAUGAACUUCUUCCUGGAGCUGCUCAAAGUCAUUGGACUUUCAACAUAUUACAUGCUGGAAUCACUGGUGUUUUUGUUUGUGCCUAAACGUAAGAAGAAUGUGAGUGGCGAAAUAGUAUUAAUAACAGGAGCAGGAAGUGGAAUUGGAAGACUCUUAUCCUUAAAGUUUGCCAAACUUGGAGCCACACUGGUUCUUUGGGACAUUAAUCAAGACGGACUCCAGGAGACGUGCAGAUUGGCUGAAGAAAAUGGAGCAGUAAGAAUUCAUUCUUACAUCUGUGACUGCAGCAAAAGGCAGGAAGUCUACAGAGUAGCAGAUCAGGUUAAGAAAGAAGUUGGUGAUGUCAGCAUCCUAGUCAACAAUGCUGGCAUUGUCACUGGAAGGAGCUUUAUUGAAUCGCCAGAUUCACUUGUGGAAAAAACUAUGGAAGUGAACACAAUGGCACACUUUUGGACUUAUAAAGCCUUCCUUCCAGCAAUGAUAGCCUCUAACCACGGACACUUGGUUAGCAUUGCAAGCACAGCAGGACUGAUUGGAGUCAACCGUCUUGCAGAUUACUGUGCAAGUAAGUUUGCGGCCGUCGGUUUUGCAGAGUCCAUUAGUUACGAGAUGAAAGUUCUGGGAAAGACUGGUGUUAAAACCACAACUGUGUGUCCUUACUUCAUAAACACAGGGAUGUUCGAUGGCUGCAGUACCAAGUGGCCGUUUCUGCUCCCCAUUUUAGACCCAGACUAUGUGGCUGAAAAGAUAAUGACUGCUAUUCGACGAGACCAAGAAAUUUUGGUACUACCACGCAAUUUGUAUUUCUUCUUUGCUUUGAAAUAUAUCCUACCAGUGAAAGUAGGCGUUCUCCUUGCGGACUUUGCUGGAGCCCUCCAUUUCAUGGAUAGCUUCAAAGGCCGCACGAAGAAGGACUGAAAAUUGCACAAAACUCAGCAACUGAAAAGCAGACUUUGUUAAAGGUAGUGGUGGGAAAGGUCUGCUUCUCUAGCAGCUGUGAACUUAAGGUGCCUCACUUCUACUUAAUAACAUUUCUAAGGAAAUUGAUUUUAAUUAGCUCUUAAUCAACAGCUUUCACGUGAGCUUUUUUUAUCCAAUGCACUGAUUUCUUUUUCCCUCAUUAUGGAAGUAGGAAAAUUGAAAUGCAUUCCUUUGGUAAUAUCUGUUAUAAUGCCUUAAAUAUCAUUCUGCUUCACAAACCAAUAAUUAGCAGUUUGAGGGGAGAUAAUCUCAGGACUCACAGGUGUGUCUAUGGAUGUCAUGGGGAACAAAAGAAUGUAAAUGACAUUUGUGCUGCUAAUUGACUUCUUGUCUAAUUUAUUUUAAAAGCUAAUACUAUGCCUGCAACUUUGCAAUGAAAUCUUUAUAUCUUAUGAGUGCAAUAUUUUAGGAACAAUUUUAACUUUUCAUCUCCUAUGUAGAGCUUGUAGCUACAAAGCAUAAUACUACCAGUAGAGAUGGGAUGUCAAACAUCUUGCCAAGCAAGACAACAGAAAUACCUUUGCUACUAAAACCAAAGGUAAUACAUGGUGUAAUUAGGGCUUCUCCUGGGACUGUUUCAGAAAGGAAUGAUGCUGUGUGAAUAGUGAAUAGGUUCACUAGAACUACAGCUUGAGUAACAGCAGAAUGUUUUGCUCCUGAAUUGGGAAGCAGGCUGUCUUCUAUCUACAGAGACUUGUUUUAUUUGCCUUUUCUCUUAGGACUAUUCUCAGGUAUGCUGUGGAGGAGGCCUUGUCCUUUUUGACAAUGACCACUUAGAGGCUCCCUCCAACCUGACUUUCAUUAAACCCUCACAAAAAAAAAAAAGGAAGAUUAUAUAUUAUGCUAUUUAUAUAUAUGCUGGUUAAACCAAUCUCAUAUCACAGUAUUUCACUGGCAAUUGGCAAUGCCUACAAACUAAGACUAUAUAUGCUUUAGCAUGAAAUUAACUGCAGACAGCAUGGAGAAAAGGGUGAUUGGGGGUUGGACUCAAUGAUCUCUAAAGGUUCCUUCCAACCUCUACAAUUCUGUGAUUUAAAAUCUGUAAUUUUUUUUAAAAAAAAGAGUUGUUUUUUCCCAUGAUGGCCUAGAAACUAUUGUCAUUUUCCCUGCUUAUACAAUUAAUGAUGUUUUCACUGAUUGAGAAGAGUUUAAGUUGAACUAUUUUGCUAAUGAUGAGCAAGAAACAAGAAUGUUAGAAGUAGCUUUACAGUUAUGAUGGAUAACUGAGAGGUAGAAUUCAGACUGAUGAAGAAAAAAAUUUGUUUCUACUGUUCUCUCAGAUCUUCUUUCAGAAACUCUGCUCAGUUUGCAGCUCAAUUCAGGAAGUUGAAGUUAUCAGAAAAUAUAUACCUGUAAAUUCUGUGAUGCGUACCUGUAAAUGCUGUGAUAGCUCUGCUUGCUAGUAAUAAAGUCAAUCACCAAUA